UUCCUCUCCUCUACUAAGCCAGUUGCGCAUAAGAUCUGCUGGAGCCAUUCGAAUAGAGUCGGUCUCGCCCGCUAACGCCUCCUAUCCAAUCCGUAUAGCGACGCCCCCUAACAAAACCCCCGAGCCGAAAUGGCCGCGACUUUCCCACUUCAAGUUCCUCCUCCCAUUCACUCCCUCCCCUUGCAGAACCACCGCUUCGUCUGCAAUUCCCUCCCGCCAUGAGGUUCGAGUAGUUUGAAGAACGCUCUAUACAAUAAUACCAAGAAGGGGGAUUCAAACUCCCGUCGACGACAUCCCGGACCCCUCGUCUCCUCCGCACGUCGCGUGCCACCGCCAACCGCCGCAAUGCCUCUCUUCACCCCCUCCCGCAUCAUCGUCAUCAUCGCCGCGUUCUCGCUCUUCACACUCUUCUGGUCAUGGGGAACCUCUUCGGGAGAAGUCAAACAGGCUUUCCCGGGUGGGCAAACCGAGAAGCCUCAAAAUCCUGCGGCCCAUCCCGCGCCCCAUCCUGCAACACCGCAACAGCAGCCAGGGGAGAAAGUUGAUGGAGAUAACAAAGACGACAUCAGGGCUUCCAUGUUGAGCAGCAUUGUGCUGACACCGACGCCCAUCCAUACCUCCACGCCGACUCCAAUUGCGAAGAACACCGAGACCUCCGUCAAGAAGCAGGACAAUGCGGGGAAUGUUGUGGGUGAUAAGACUGUGGAGUCGAAGCAGGAGGCUUCCACGGAAACAAUUAAACAGCAAGAGACGUCAACUACCGAGUCGUCUUCGCAUACCCAGGCUGCAGUCCAGGAAGCAAAGACAUCUGCAACGGAAGAAGUCAAGGCAGGCACCCCAAGCAACCCAACAACAUUGGUGAAAGCGAUAAGCACAUCCAAACCCGCCGUCGUCGCGCAACCCACCCCUUCAGCACCAAAACCCGAGGAACAAGAGAUUGAGAAAUUCUGCAACAAGGUCAAGGGCGCACCACAAAUUAUGAUCGUUCUCCGGACGAGCAAGGGCGAGAUCGAAGAGAAGCUGUCCACACACCUCAAGACGCUGCUUGCCUGCGCCCCUAACUUCGCCAUCUUUAGCGACCAUUCCGGCGCAUUCGAAGGCCACAAAGUGCACGACGCGCUCGAGGACAUCUCCGAUAAAUUCAAACAACAGCACGCCGAGUUCAAGCAGUAUGAGGACAUGAAGACACAAGCUGUGCAGGCCGGCACCGUCGACAAGGAGCUCGACAAGUGGAAAUUCCUCCCCAUGGUCUACCGCGCUUACCAAAUGAACCCGGACUCGCGCUUCUGGAUGUUCAUCGAGGCGGACACGAGCCUCAGCUGGACCAACGUUCUACAAUGGAUUAACCGCCUUGAUUAUCGCAUUCCGUACUACAGCGGCGCCCCGACCUUCCUCACCGACGUCAAAUUCGCACAGCGCGGCGCGGGCAUCUUCAUCUCCCAAGGCGCUAUGCGCUUGUACGCGAAAUCGUACAGGGAGCAUUACGCUACCACAUGGGAGCCCCGCGUCAGCAAAGAAUGCUGCGGCGAUAUGGUGUUGUCGGUUGCCAUGUCCCAAGCCCACGUCGAGUUCUACGAUGCGUUCCCCAAGCUCCAAUCCGAGACGCCGGCUACCAUCGACUGGACGAAUCUGCAUUGGUGCUCCCCAAUGGUGAGCUGGCAUCCUAUGAACGCGGACGACCUCUCCAUGAUCUGGGAAGCAGAGCGCAACUGGACGAGCGAGCACGGCUGGUCGAAGCCGUUCCAUUACGGCGAUGCCUUUGUCCAGAUCAUCGAGCCGCAGCUCGAGGCCGUCAAGAAUGACUGGGAUAACAUCUCCGCGGAUUCUAAGAUCGUGAAACCCCCCGGCGCCAACGAGGCGGAUCCCAGUUCCGACUGGGCGAAGUAUUCCGAAGAGUUGCGCAACGCGGUCAAGAGCCCCGAGGACUGCAAGAAGGUGUGCGAGUUGGCGACCGACUGCGUGCAGUGGAAGCAUUCGACGAAGGGCGAGGGCGAGUGCUAUUCCGGAAAGGUCCUCCGCCUCGGAAGAAAGCAGCCCAAGAAAGAGGGUGAGCCGACCUGGACGAGUGGCUGGAUGUUGGAUAGAAUCCAGAAGAUCAAGCAGGAUUGGGCUUGCAAAGAAACGAAGUGGAGGUUCAAUCAGAAGCGAUGAUUCGACCUGUAAGAGAGAGCUUAAAGAAAAGAUUUGAUAUAGGCUAGGAGCUUGGAGUUUUUGUCUACACUGUUUGUUUAUUACAUGGGGCGCAACUUUGGAUUCGAGAAUGGAAGGGGGAAUUGGUGACGAAUGGAGGACGAGAUACGGACGAUUAAUCUUUGUAGAUUUCUUUUUGAUGUGUGUAGUUAUACCCCCAACCGCACAGUAUAUAUGACGGGAAUGAGAAUCAUCUGAGAGACUUAAACUUCCUCUAUCCACAUCUUCCGCUCUAACUGCACAGAGUUACAUCUGUGAAGCAGCUCGAUGUAGAUGGAUUCAAGCUCAAUCACGUGAUGCGCUUCUCUCCGUUUGAUAUGUAACUCCUAGAUAAGUAGGUACGUCCCUUCC